CCGAAACCCUUGAGGUUGCCACCGUCGCCCUAAACGUCGCUUAUCUCCCUCUCCCUCUCCCUCCCGGUUUCGCUCAAAACCAUCGCCUUCGUGAACCAACCUUCCCGAUAAAAUCGCCAUUAGAGCAAGCUUGGAAGGCAACGAUGGGAUCGCGGCUUACAGAGACCACUGAAAGUCCCAUCUUUCUCAUCCUUCCGCUCCGCUCCGCUCCUACCAGAAACCAUUGAGGAAGAGAACGUGAAAGGAAAUUCACACUCAUGCAGCAUGCUUGGAUUUGAGAUUCCCCUCCCCUUACUUCUAUGAGCCAGGUUGCAAAAUUUUACCUGUCAGGGUCAUAAGAUGGGCAUGUACUAUGACAUAGAUGAUAUUCUACUGGAGGAAGAGCCUAUUUCUGUUAUUUUUCAAAUAGGAGCAAAUGGAGUUGGUCUACUUGAUCCUAGUUCAGAAACAAAUAGUAUAGAAAAGAGUGCUAAAGUUGACUUGCCAUUUUGGCUUGCUCACGAGUUGUACUUGAGACAAGCAGUAUCAAUCAAUGUUCCUCAUUGUUUUAGCCAAAAGACGAGAAAGGAAAUCCAGGCUGAUGCAGCAUGCGUGGAUUUGAGAUUCCGCUCCCCUUACUUCUAUGAGCUGGGUUGCAAACUUUUACCCCUGGUUACAGACAAGAGCAUUGGUCCUUUUCUUCAAUAUGCAUUCAGUAGCAGAUACACUGAGAUAUUGUGCAAAUCACACAGCAUCACAGGAGCUACACCCAAAUUCUCCUCCAAGCUCACAAAGGAAGAAUCCCAAUUGUUUGAAGCUGCUCGGUCGUCAAUGGUUGCGUUUAAGAAAUGGAGGAUAGGUGGAUCAAGGUUGGAGAAGGCUUCUAUAUUAGGGAGAAAAAGAAAGCCAACAAUAUUGAAACAAUCCUCAACUACAUGAGUUUGUUUUUUUUUUAAUCAGCUUGUCAGCACUGUAUUGUAAUUCAUUGACUACCAAACUAAUCAAUCACAAUUACAUUAGAAUAUCACUGUUUUGUUGUAAAAUAUAAUGAUUAGGAGGAGUCUGCUUUUAAGAUUAUU